UGAAGCUAUGCAUGAUGCGUUCUAUCAAAAAAAAACUAAUAGUUUACAAAACAUUUUGUAAUCCUGUCAAUUCGCCCAGCCUUUAACGGUCGUUUCUUGAUUUGCAGGGGAACAGCUAGAAAGGCGUACUUUAUUAUUUCCAGAAAAGAUGGGCAAAGGUAGCGAACUCCACUGAAAUGUAGGCGGUUCGACACGCAUAUUAACAGGCAUGGAGUACUGUGCGUCUUCUUGGGAAAUGCAAGCCCUUUCACGGGCAGCGUCGGACGAGAUCUCAACUCCUUAACUGAGGAAAGAAAACCGAACAGUGACAAUAUGUUUUGCCCAGUUAAAGUGCACGGCUGCGUUGAGGUUGGGAGUGUGAAAAGAAGCUGCUCUAAAAAGAUAAAACUGGCCAAAAAGAAAAAGGCGAGCAUCUGAGGGCAAAGCGGGGCACCAGAGGGACGGGGGCGUAAGGAAUGCGGACGGCCGUCACGGACGGCGAAACAACAAAUAACGCGAAAGGGAGACGGCAGGCCUGGACUCCGUCCCUUCUGCCCUGCCACGGCAGGCGCGUGUGAAGCUUUCUCGUACGUGAACUGACGGCGGCAGUAGCGCCCUCGCCAUCCCCCCUCGCGCCCCUGCGGAGACGGAGGGCGCAGGAGGAGGAAGGAGGACGAGGAGGCGGGGGCAGCUGCAACGGAGCAGCAGCAGCAGGAGGAGGAGGAGGAGGAGGAAGUAGCGGCGGCAGACGAGAAGGGAGCUUGGCGGAGGCGGAGCCGGCGCUUGAGCCCGGCCGGCCUGGACUCAGCUCAUUACGACGGCCGCCACUGGCAGCGGCAGCGGCAUUGGCUGCCUUCGGAAAUGGGUCUUGAGAGUUAAUGAGUCUGGAUAAGACGCAUCAAUGUGGAAGCAUCUGCUUCAUACGUUUUAGGGACAGAUCUCUGGAACAGUAAAGAAUAAAUAAAAACCCUUCCAGAAUUGCUGCAUCUCACAAUGAAGAAAAUUAGUCUCAAGACCAUCCGCAAAUCUUUUAACUUAAAUAAAAGUAAAGAUGACAGUGACUUUGUUGUGGUUGCACAGCCAUCAUUAAAUGAUUUUGGAAAAGAUGACUCCAUGUUUGCCAGCUGUUAUAGUAAAGAUUUGGCUAGUUGUGACAUCAACAGUGAAGACGAGAAAGGUGGCAAAAGCAGAUCAAAGACUGAAAGCUUAAUGGGUACAUUAAAAAGACGACUUUCAGCAAAACAGAAGCAAAAAGGUGGAAAGGGGAGCACGCCAUCCGUGAGCUCUGCUGAUGAAGAUACCUUUUCUUCUUCUUCUGCUCCAAUAACUUUCAAAGAUGUAAGAGCUCAAAGACCUCUUCGAUCCACAUCCCUCCGAAACCACCAUUACAGUCCAACACCAUGGCCCCUUCGGCCAACAAACUCAGAAGAAACAUGUAUAAAAAUGGAAGUGAAAGUAAAGGCCUUGGUCCACUCUUCAAACCCAAGUCCUGCACUGAAUGGUGUUCGUAAAGGUUUCCACGACUUGCAGCCAGACAGCAGGUUCCACGAACAAAACAGUGCAUUCAAAAGUACAGAAUCUCAGAAUGGAGAUUUGCAUCUUCAUAUUGAUGAACACGUGCCUGUAGUUAUUGGACUUAUGCCUCAGGACUACAUUCAGUACACUGUGCCUUUAGAUGAGGGAAUGUAUCCUUUGGAAGGAUCACGUAGUUACUGUCUGGAUAGUUCCUCACCCAUGGAGGUUUCAACUGUUUCUUCUCAGAUGGGUAGUAGUACAUUUCACGAAGAAGAGGGUUCAGUGAAUCAAGACGUAGUAGUUGCUCCGGAUAUCUUUGUGGACCAAGCAGUAAAUGGUUUAUUGAUUGGUACAACAGGAAUCAUGUUGCAAAGUCCAAGAGUUAAUGAUGUUCCUCCGCUCUCGCCAUUGCUACCUCCAAUACAGAAUAAUCAAAUCCAAAGGAACUUUAACAGCCUGAAUGGCACAGAUGUUCAUGUGGCUGAAAGUAUGCGCUGCCAUUUGAAUUUUGAUCCUAACUCUGUGCCUGGAGUUGCAAGAGUCUAUGAUUCUGUACAAAAUAGUGGCCCGAUGGUUGUAACAAGUCUCACAGAAGAACUAAAAAAACUAGCAAAACAAGGAUGGUACUGGGGUCCAAUUACACGAUGGGAAGCCGAGGGAAAAUUGGCUAAUGUUCCUGAUGGUUCAUUUCUUGUGCGAGACAGCUCUGAUGACCGUUAUCUUUUAAGUCUGAGUUUCCGUUCUCAUGGUAAAACACUUCAUACUAGAAUUGAGCAUUCAAAUGGUAGGUUUAGCUUUUACGAACAACCAGAUGUGGAAGGACAUACUUCUAUAGUUGACCUAAUUGAACACUCAGUUAGGGACUCUGAAAAUGGUGCAUUUUGCUAUUCGAGAUCUCGAUUACCUGGAUCUACAACUUACCCAGUGAGACUAACCAAUCCAGUAUCUCGUUUCAUGCAAGUGCGUUCCUUGCAGUAUCUGUGUCGAUUUGUUAUACGUCAGUACACUAGAAUAGAUCUGAUUCAGAAACUGCCUUUGCCAAACAAAAUGAAGGAUUAUUUACAAGAAAAGCACUACUGAAGGCUUAUGGGAAACUUGCAGCUUGCACUUUGGGAAUAAGAACAACAACAAAAAAUUAAAGAGAGCGGUUGAUACACAGUUUACAAACUUAAUUAUUACUAGGGUUUUUUUGCUGCCAUAAUUUCAUUUUUGUGCAUAAAGAAGAGUAAUGCAUUUUGAGUUUAAUGAUAUUUGGGGGUUUUCUUUUCUAAAACAAUGAUGUCAACGGGUUUUUUAGAAGAGUAAAAUAACUAUCUUUCAUUCAGUGUGCAAAAUAACCACAAUGUGAAUGAUAAACAUUGUCCUUGAACUCCCCAUCUCCUUUGCUGCUAAUCCACUGUGAUUUUUAUGCAUUUGAAGCACAUUUCAUGUGUUUUCAACCAUAAGUAAAAAAUUGAAAUUUGAUAGGAUAUAUUUUGUCGUUUUCAAAUGGUCUGGUUUUUUUUUUUUUUUUGGUUUUUUUUGUUAAUUUAAAAAAAAUUUGGGGUAAAAUAUACUGAUGUACCGAACUUGGAUAUAUGCUUAAAACAAUUCCCUAACUGUUGGUUGGAGGGAAUAUGUGAUCCAAUACAGUUUGCAUCAUAUAUUUGGAAAGCUUCCUUUCUCCUAAGCAGUUCCAUUAUUGCAGAUGUUGCUUUGUUUCUUUUUUUCAUUCUUAAGCAUUUUUAAUUUGAAAAUAGCCGUUGAAAAACAUUUGUAAAAUAAAUACUGAAAGUCAUUAAUAAUAUUCAGACAAAAGCUAAACUUACUUAAAACAUUUUAAAAAUAUUUGAAGGGGUUAUAGAAAUCUGAUUUAAAUAAAACUAUUCAGGUAACUUCAGAACUGUGAGAUUUGUCCCCACUGAAACUUUAAAAAUAUGUGGCAUUGAAUUUAAAAGUACAGGUAGUCCUUAAUUUACAACCAUUCAUUUAGUUAUGAUACUGAAAAAAAAAAACAGACAGCUGGUCCUUGCAGUUAGGACACACCAUCCCCAUGGUCACAUGAUCAAAAUUCAGUUGCUUGGCUACCUGUACACCAGUAUAUUUAUGACAUUUAUAGCAUCAUGGGGUCAUGUGAAUGCCAUUUAUGACAUUUGUGUCAUGGGGGAAGCCAGAUUCUGUUAACAACUACAUGGGUUACUUAACUGUAGUGAUUCUCUUAAUAAAAGAUAAUAACAAAAAAGAUAACAACAUUGGGCAGAACCACUACCUUGUUUAUUAACAGAAAUCUGGUUCCAGUUCUACCUGUAUCCUGCAAUUACUACCAACAAUUGGAUCUUAAACAGCUCAUCUUAAAGGGAAUUUAAAUUCCAUUAAUUUCCUUGGAUGAGUUAACCACAUGUAUAACCUUUUCCCAUGGAAAAUGAUAAGAUUAAGAAGUACUUAAUUUUGAUAGAAUAUGGCCUCAGUUUUAAAUGUACUUUAUUGUUCAGCAUUAAUUUUCCAUCGUUAUAAUUUAGUUUAAUUGGCAAGUGACGAGGACCUAAAUUAACCUCCGAUUAUUAAUCUUUAAAAUAAAAGUGCAUGUUUUAAAAUUAAAGACAAUGACAUUAAAUAGCAAAAUAGUCACCAUAGGAAAUAUUCAAAUGGGUUACCACUUUCAUUUCUACAAGUUCUUAUGUGAAAAAAGGAAAAUCCAUACAAUUUUGGAUACUUGUAAUGGGAUAAUCUGCCAGGAACAACGGGAUUUCCACAGCCUCAGUAUAUUAUUUUCUCUCACUUUAGUGGGGUCUGCAUAGGAGAAAUUUCCAAUGAAUUGGAAGGCCUAUAAAUGAGGCUGUUUUACAGCCUUGACUCAGUCUUGACAAAGGCCUUCUCCUGUUUUGAUGAAAAAUUGGGGAAAGUUGAUGUUAAUUGGCUGCAUUGCCUUCAGUAGGCUUUAAGUCUGAUGGUGUUGUUUUGUGUAUGUUUUUGUAGAAAAAAAUCCAAUACGUUUAUAAAGAAUUACAGCCUAACUGUUUAAAAAUAUUUGUGGUCAAAAGACUAUUUCUGCAAGUUUUUCCAUGAUGAACAUUAUACUGUGGAGGCAAAGCAUUCUUACGUUUAUAAGAAUUUCUGUGAACCAAAAUCUUAACAAAUAGGAAAUUGUAUUCUGAAAUUUCUGAAUAAAAUCAUGCAAUUUGAGAGUGUGGUUUUAAAGUUACAGAAAUUAGUUUGUGCCACUGCGAUGUGUCUUUCAUUUUUGUUUGCAUUUUCUCAUUUGAAUACUGAAUAUUUUGCAGAUUAUUAAAACAUUUAAAGGGUGAUGAAAAUUUGAGAAAUCUUUAUUUUAGGGUAUUUCACUCCUGCGUCUUCUACCUUUUUUGUGGUUUUUCUGAAUUUAUACAAUUAACAUAUGAAAGUGCUGCAGUGGCCUGACAUCUUGGGUUGUGUAAGUCAAUAUGCUAAAUUUCUAUUUUUUUAAAAAAAAUAUUUUUUAGAUCAUAAAAAAUGAGAGUAUCGGAGACAAAGUAUGUCUUUUGCUCUGGGAUAUAGAGGGGGGAAACAGCUCUCUUACUAAGUUACAGAAUAAUAGAUUUUGAAAAAUAAAUUAUAUAAAGAGAGAUGUUCUUAAAUUCCUGGGCAAAAUUUUUCUAUGUGUGUAUCUUGGCUUUGCCAUUCUGAUAUUUAUGCAAAAUCUUCAUUUUUGUUUUUUUUUACUUUUUACUCCCAAGCAAGAUUACAAAUUUUAUAUAUAAAAGGCACAAUGAUAUAUGAUGGUACCAUGUUUUGCCUAGUGAAGAAAAGGAAUUUUUUUUCUACAGUAGGAAAGUACAUGUUAGAGUAAAAUCCUUGUCUCUAGGAUAUAUCAAAUAAAGGACUGUUUAGUUAGUGGUAGAUGAAGAAAGUUCUCUGGAGUAACUAAUGUAUAUUAUGACAGUUUUUUUUAAAGUCCCAGUAUUUAACAAAGAAUGAUUUGAGGAACUAUGGUGGUAUUACAAUUCCAUAUUUAUAUUUUUAAUAGCCCGAUCAUAUUUCUGGCUGUAUGGUAGACACUGAACCUGCUUACUGCAUUUGUCACCAUCUUUUUACAUCUUCAGUUCAUUACUAUUUGUAUUGCACGCCUAGUAUCCCUCACAGAAUAAACAACUUUUUCUCAUAAUAUAGAACUCGGAAAGACACCAUAUAUUAACAAAUGGCAAUGUGAAUGAGAAGAUCUUUCUUUAGUACUCUCCUUACCCUUUCUGUCUGCCCCUCAUUUUCCAGAGAGCCAGACUAGAAUAGCUACAGCCAGUGUCAUGCACUAGUCCCUCAUUCACUAAACACUAAUGAGUAAAACUGACAGGAACGAGCCUUGAGCUACCUGCAUUUGGCUGAACAAGAAUUGUACAUCAGUAGGAGCAGAUCUAUUUUGUUCUUCCAGGCUGAUGAACAGACAACCUAGCAAAGGCAAUACUGUCUUUGUUUUCUGCUUUGGUUGGCUAUGGCAGCUCCUGGUUAGAUAGAAAGUUGGGAAACACUUGAGAAGUAAUCCACCUAGGUCUUUUGAGUAGCAGCUCUUUAAGAUAGUAAGACAAGCAGUUACUGACAAUUGCUUUGAACAUCCUAAUCUUCAUUGUGCCAAUUAAGAUCUUUGCUGUAUCUCUCUCUGUGUAUGUUGAUUAGUAGUAGGUUGCACAUUAAAUUAAAAAAAAAGAAUGGCAAAUUCUUCAAUGACUUUUGAUUGAAAAUGUCAUCAAAACUUUCUUGCGAAUUGCCUUUCUUGCUUGUUUAAUCAUUGUAGAAAGCAAGUAUCUUUUAGCCAUAAGUAUAUGUUGCUUUCUGUUCUUCUACCUAUUUCGGUUAGCAAGUGCUCCCUUAUUCAGUGUGACAAUUCAGAACAACUCCUGAAACAUGGAAAUACCUAUUUACAAAAAGUGCUGCAACAAAAUUGUAUUUUUCUUUCAAAUAUUACAUUGCUUGAGCAAAUGUGCUGCUCAUGUCGGAGAUCACAAAGGCUAUUACAUGUUUAGUAAAUUUUAAGAAGAAAUGCUUAUAUUUAAGAAAAGGGGCACCCUUAAGGUGGAAAACCUUAGUUGCCUAACAUUUCUUGUAACACAAUGAGAAAUUUAGAUUCUAUUGGUUUGUGCUAUUGAAAUGUUGACAGAAGAAACAAAUCCAUUCUGACAGUAUUAAUAUAAACCUAAAUUUGAUUAAUUUUUAAGAAAUUACUCUAGCCUGCAUAUUAAUCUACUUUGAGUUAAUAAAUGCAAUUGGAAAAUAUUAGUAACAAUUUUUUUAAAAAAGGUUACAGUAGAGGAAGAGUAAAAUAACAAAAAAACCCACUGUGUAACAAAGUUAAUCAUAAAAAUAAAGCAAUAACAAAAGUUGCUUUUAUGGUUGCAUUUCUCUGUAUUCAACAAAAAAGUUGUUUUUUUUUAAAUGAGAGCUGCAGUAAAGAAAUCCUGAGUCUAAAGUGAUCAAUUUUUGUAGAUUGUAAGAGAAAUAAAUGACCAAUCUACAUGCACACUUAGAAGAUUUCAGAUUGAUUUCAAAAAUAAGAGAAUCUUUAAAAAUUUGCCAAAUCUUUUAAUAGAUUAAAUUGUUAGAAGCAACAGUUAUUUUCAGUGUUGCUGAGAUAUAUCUGUCCCUUAUCUAGCUGUUAUCUUUAAUAAAUUAGAAAAUAAUUUUGACUUAGAAAUUUUCAGAAAUAGCAUAUGAAGGCAAUAGAGAUAAAAAGCUCUAUCUAUCAAUCAAUCUAUCAUCUAUCUAUAACUAUCUUAUCUAUGAGGGAAAGAGAGUGCUAUAUAUAUUUAUCUGUGAGGCAGAAAAUCUGGCACAUUGGUUCAUGUACAAGCAGCAAGUUUCUUGUUUCUCUUUUCCAUAUAAUAUAUAUUAGCCAAUGCUUUACAUUUGGUCUAUAAACAGAAUGCCAUAGUCUCAAACGUUACUUAUUUCAGUACUUCCCCAAACCACGCAAAUGGAUACUACUUUUGUCUGUUCAUAAGGCAAAAACACAUACUUAAAUCUUACAUAUCAAGUAUAAGACUGCUUUUACUUGCAGCUCCUGCCUUCUGUGAUUAUCAGCACUGGACAUAAUGUCUUACAGGAAUUCACUGAACAGAGCCAAAACAAUGGUUUUCAUAUUUCAAGGAUCUUGUCACACAGCUCACAAAGAGUAUCAUGAUAAACUUAAAAGGAUGUUUCACCUAAAUCUAGAUCUUUGAUGUGGGGAAUUUUUUUUCCAAUGGAAAAUCUUACGUAUUGUAGAAUUGGAAUUAAAAGUAGUGAAGCUCUCAAUAUAUUUCAAAACAUCUGUAACUGCAAAAACAGAAUUUGCCUUUUACAGAGUAAUUUAGAUUGGAUUGCUUGAGUGAAAGGGAAUGCAGGUUCCAGCUGCUAUUAUCAAUAAAUUUGUUAUCAGAUAAUUUACUAUUAUCCCUGAAUUUACUUAGAUCAUUGGGUAAAUUUUCACAGAAAUGCAUUUCUUAAUAUGUAAAUAUUGGAAUUGUUAAAUAAAAUCAAAAAUACCAGCAAUAAACUGACUGUGAAUUCCAGUAAGGAAUGGUCUUCAGCCACAUAACUGAAAUUUUAAUAAGCUAAAAUAUAAUUACAUCAACAAUCCAUUAGUAUUGUAAACCUUAAAUGUUAUAAAAUGUGAAUUAUACAUUUGUUAACAAAGUUGGGAUAGUUCCUAAAAAAAAAAAUACUGUAAAGUUUGAAGUAUUUGGAAAAUUAUUCAAACUCUUUACGCCAAUAAUGGGAGGGGAGGGGAAUUAUCAAAUUUUGUAUUACUGUGUAUUGGGAAAAAAUUUUAUAGUGGUGAUGGAGUGCCAUGAAAUUAAUACUUAAAAUCCAGAUUGCUGUAGUUUACACUUUUCUGUAUGUUUCAAUAAUGUGUGCACUAUUUGUACUAAGCACACAACAGAAUGAAUUAUCCAAAGUCCAUUGAUUUUAAAUGUGUUUUGGUUUGUUAAAAAGAUUAUAGUAAUUUCUUGCACAUUUUUUGAAAAGAAUUGUAUAAGAAUUUAUGUAUCUGCUUCUAGAUACAUAUAAAUAAAAAACAUUCACAAAAA